CGCCAGUCGAUGCUGCUGGUGUUCCAGGUUGCAAAAACGCGUACGACAAGUUUGCGUUAGUCAGGAAGAAAGGUACGGAAUUAGGCGCGAGCAAGCGUGGGCGUAGAAGAUUCGUAACGAAGAAAAAGGCGAGCAACUGUGAAGGACAGAGGGAGUAAAUGCCGAUGGAACAGUCGGUCGGGGCGCGACAGUCAUAGCGUGGGUGGGGGGUGGGGGUGUUGGAAAAGCGAAUACAAACUGGAAAAGAAAAAAAAAAAUGAAAAGGGAAGAAGGGAAAGUGGAGAGUGGUCGUAAGAAUCGAGAGACAAUUAAGGGAAAGGGGGUUACACGCAAGGGAAACUGAGAGAAAAAAGGAAAACAGCGAGUUUGCAAGGGUGAUAAAGAGCGGAGAACGGGUAGGAGAGAUGGGGCACGAAAAAAAGUUGGAUCGAGAGCCAGAAGGAAGUGCUAGGAGAGGAAGAAAGAGAGAGGAGAGAGGCGACGGAAGAAAGGCGCCGAGUGGAGAACGCGAAAGGAAGGGCACGGGGUGAGCGAGUGCGAGAGGGACGCUUUGAUAAGGGAAGAGAAGGAGGAGGAAUGGUGGAGAGAGGGAGAAAAACCGAGUCACAGCCGUGUAUCGAUCGUCCGCUUGAAAACUACCCCUUGAGGAGGAGGCGCAGUGUGCAAAGCCGACUACGUACGAGUCGGUGGUGCUCGUGGUGCUCGCGGUCCACGCGGAUCUCUAGACGGGUCUAGAGUUUUACUUGCGUGCCCGUGCUCGUCUCUAUUUCAUCAUCGUCAUCGAGCAUCGGUGCUGGGGUUUACGUUUACCAGGGUGUCACGCAUCUCGUCAUCGAACGCGCGAGACGCGCUGUCUUCUACAUAGGACAAGGAAAUAGAAAGUAUCCACCAUGGCGUUCGCGGGACUAAAGAAACAGAUUAACAAAGCCAAUCAGUAUAUGACGGAGAAGAUGGGCGGUGCGGAAGGAACCAAGCUCGACGUCGACUUUGUGGAUAUGGAGAGGAAAACGGACGUCACGUACGAGUUGGUGGAGGAGUUACAAUUGAAAACGAAAGAGUUCCUCCAGCCAAAUCCGACGGCGAGAGCGAAGAUGGCGGCGGUCAAGGGCAUCAGCAAGCUCAGUGGCCAAGCGAAAGCCUCGACUUAUCCCCAACCGGAGGGUGUUCUCGGCGAUUGCAUGCUCACCUAUGGAAAGAAACUCGGCGAGGAUAGUAUUUUCGCUCAGGCUCUUAUUGAAAUGGGCGAGGCUAUGAAGCAGAUGGCGGACGUGAAAUAUUCGCUGGACGACACCAUUAAACAAAACUUCCUGGAACCUCUGCACCAUUUGCAGACCAAAGACCUGAAGGAAGUGAUGCAUCACCGGAAAAAACUUCAGGGACGAAGGCUGGACUUCGAUUGUAAGCGAAGACGUCAAGCAAAAGCCGGGAAAAGAUCCGCCAGUCCACAUUUCGGAAGUCCUGUAAAGACUUCUUCGCCAUACACUGACGACGAGAUACGUCAAGCCGAAGAAAAGUUCGCGGAGAGCCUCCAUUUGGCACAGUUGGGCAUGUUCAAUUUAUUGGAGAAUGACGUGGAACAAGUGGCACAGCUGGCAACAUUCAGCGAAGCUCUCCUAGAUUAUCAUCAGCAGUGCAUCGAGGUUUUGAGAACACUAACGGAAACACUUUUGGAGAAGAAAGAUGAAGCAGCGAAUAAACCGAAAAUGGAAUUCGUGCCGAAGACUUUGGCCGAUUUACACGUCGACGCAUUGCCUUCAUUGGAUGCUAUGAACGGUGGGAACUUCUCUCUUCACGGGGCAAGUCGAGCCGGGUCUCCUGUCCACGACGGGAAGCGCUCACAGCUCGAGCUAUUUCCGGACGGAAACCCGCCACAAUCUGCCAAUGCUUCUCCUUUGCCAUCUCCGAGUAAAUCUCCAGCAAGAACUCCGAUGGCAAGACAACCUUGCUGCACAGCUCUGUAUGAUUUUGAGCCAGAAAAUCCUGGAGAACUCGGGUUCAAAGAGAACGACACGAUUACUCUGAUUCAGAAAAUCGAUGAGAAUUGGUACGAAGGUAGCGUGAACGGUCGCACGGGUUAUUUCCCAGUAACUUAUGUGCAAGUUGUAGUACCAUUACCUUAAGAGGGCAACGCACGCCCCGAAACCAAAGACCCAGCAUUCGUUCACCAGCGUCUCCAGCAAAAUUAUCUUACUCUCCGAUUAGCCUAAAUCUCUAUUCAAGACUUCUCUACUAUCACUUACGUUGUAUGGUCCCAAGCUUGUUCGAUCUACGGAUUCAGAGUUUCUCUGUCUUGUUUCGUUUCUUUCGUCUAUUAUCCCAAGAAUAGAUGUAUACGCAUGUUAAUGUACAUAUAUAAUGUUAUAGUGUCUUUUAUCGACGUAAGGACCUUCGUGCGCGCAGAUACAUAUACACAUAUAGACACGAUACACACACAGAUACAAACAAGCAUACAUACAUACACCAAAGUACCUACGAUGGCAGUCCACUGUCAAGAGCGGCUCAUUUUUCACGUUCUACAUAUGUCGUCUCAUGUCAUGAUGUAACAUCUUCGUUAGUUUCUCUCACCAAAGUUCAAUUGCACAAAGAUAUCAGACUGUCAAGACUGCAUUGAAAUUCGAAUACCAAGAACGUUCGAAUACUCUUACGUCAAGUAUUUUAAUUUACAUCAUUAUCAACGUAUCGCGUGUUACGUAGUCGAACUUUAAGUUACUUUCCUUCUGAGAGAUAAUCCGAGAGAGUCUCAGCUUAGGAUUCCAUUGAUCAGUCAACCAUUCGAAGCGUGAUGCAUCACCAGCGCGAAAGCCAUCUCAUAUUGUACAUGUUUUUUAUACGUUUAGUUGUUCGUUGAAGCGCACGGUUCCUUAUGCGACGAAACGUUCAUCGAAUCAUCGGUGUACAUUUUUAGUUGGUCCGCACGGCGCAGCGAAAACCGUAACUCGUAUAAUAUAUUCGUACAUUGUAUAGCGAUUCGUUCCCCCAUUCCCCGAGUCGUUUGACGUUUUUCUCGAACGUACCCUAUUCUUUUUAAUCAUUUAGGCAACACCGAAUAGAAGUUAGGAUUUAGUUUAAACGAUGUUUAAAAUGGCGGCGAAUCUCUUCCACGAAGUCGUUAUCAAUUGACAGAGAAAACAAAUAAAUUGUUUCAUUAUUUUCCAUCGUGGUUCAAGUCACGAGAAAACAAAGGAUUACAUGUAUUCUAGAUUCCUUUGUCCUUAGUUUCGUGUUUAUCGUUAGCAGUACGUUGUGAUUUUUUAGAAGUUAUUCGUCAUCGCUAAGGAUAACUACUUAAAUGACUUCCUCGAAUGAAUUCGAAUUGCUGGUAUGUUAAAACACACGAUUUUUGUUUCUCUGCUCCUUUCAUCGUUACCCGCACGUCGCCUUCGUGAAUUUCCAAGUUCUGAAACGAAGAAAAAAAAUGUUAAUAUAAAUCAGAGUAAUUAUCACGAUUAUGUCUUCGCGUCACAGAUGUUUGAUUCGUUCCCUUUGCUGACUUUGUACGAGAGUUCAACCGCCAGAACAAUGAAAGUAAUUAAGGAACUUGGUUAUUUGUUGCCACGUGGAUUUUAGGUAUAUCUUCGACAAAAUAUUUGCUAAGCAUAAUGUAAUGAUGAUAGAAUAUAUAACUUACACGUAUAUGCUGUCGAUGACGGCGACAACGGUGAUGACUACGACGAUGGCAUUAUUAUUAUUAUUAAUAUUCGCAUAUUUUUCCAUUACUGUUACGGUAAAUACAAUUUACAUCGUAAAACGUUCUUGGCCUUACAUUCUGAAUCUUUCCAAAGCCAGUUUCGUAUAGAUGGUAUUUAUGAAUUUCGCGGCACUUUGAACAGCGUUUCGAUUAACGUAUGUAACAUUAUAAUAAUCGAGGUAGUCGUACCAAUUAAGUAAAAUAAUGAUACUACGCGAUCAAAAGAUAUUAUUAAACCGCUAGUUUUACCUAUAUUAAUGUUAUAUUAGUUGUACGUAUAAUCUGUAUACAUUAUAUAUAUAAUAGGUAUUUUUUAUUAGUUAAUCGCAUCACUAUGAUCUCGUACAACGUAUGUCAGUGAAUUAUAAUAUAUUUUCGGAAACAGAAGAUAUUAAAUACGACGCGUUCGAUCGAAACGUUGUUCCAACGACCGCUCAAAUUGCCAAGAAUGAAACUCACGGGUUCAUUUACUGCGGAAACAAAAAUUGUUACAAAUUAUUGGCUGGUAUAUCUGGGUAUAUCACUACUGCUGCUACCGUCAUCAGCAUUCAGUCAUCGCAGAUGAAAAGGAGGAAAAAAAGACAUUGAUAAUUUUACCUAUUGUAAUUAUUGAGAGUCAUGAAACUUUUUUCCGAAAAGCUCGAAGUGUUAUCAAUGUUGUGCAAUAUUAAAGUUUAACAUCACGGUGUUUAAGCAGUUGUCGCGAUCGCUGGAUCGGUGUUUCUCAAAUACGCGAUCAAGUAAAAAGCAUUACGGAAAUCGAUAGAUUAGUGGGAAUAAAAGAUUCUUUCGUCGAGUCCAACGAUACCGAAAGCAUUCGAUAAUAUAUAUUCUGUCAAUUUUCUUCGUUUUAACGCAUUAAACGCCAAGCCCACUUUAGUCAAGAAAUAUAAACAAAAGAUAAGAGAACGAGAAACGAGGGUGGACGAUGACUGAACGCUUCUGCCGUGAAUUUUUUUUUUUUAUAUAUAUAUCAAGAGAUAACAGGCAACGAAACGUCUAUUUGAAUACGACGAAGAAAGUUAUAAUUUUGUUCGAGGCUGGCGUGGCGUUUAAUUUGUUAAGCGACAGAUGAGACUCUCGUUCUUGUGAUUUUACCUACGCCAGGACGACGCGCUUGCGAGAGAACGUAAUCGUAGCGAAUAGGUGCCAUACAAGCGUUUUCAUAAUUUAUUGAAUUACAAUGUAAGAAAGAGAAACGUGAAAAAUACAACUCAUAGCGCGAUAACGUUGUGAUAACUUUAUGUUCCUCGAGGCGCUAGUAUCUGCUGGGUAGUUUGUCAAUUAAUAUGAAUACGAGAAUCAAUAAGGCGUGAGUUCCAUCUUCCAAGUACAUGAUGAAGAGAGAGAGAGAGAGAGAGA